AUGAAUGUGUUUAUGCCAAUAAGGGUUUUUUUGUACAGUUAUGUGAUUAUAAACAGUCUUUUGUCUAGUUUUUUUCACCAGUAUCGGCCUCUAUUUAUAAAAAACGGAGCAGCUUUCGGUGUCAGUAAUUCUGAAAAAAUUUGUGUCACUCUGAUUGUAAAUGAAUUAAUUUAG